GAGGAUGAAGCCAAAACGGUCAUUCUGGAGAAGGAGAACGAGCUCAAGGAAAAGGUGGGGAGCGAAGGCCUCAACACGCGGGUAUUCAAGCGGAACGGGACGGUGGUGUAUUCCUCGUCGGAGCGGCGGGCCAGUAACGACAGCACCAGCAGCGGCGGCGGCGGCGGCGGCGCUGAUCCCCGGUCGCCGCAGCAGCGGAUGUCGCCGCCGGCCUCGCCCCACGGCAUCUUCGCCUCGCUGUCGCCGCGCUCGGGUUCGCCUCCGAACAUGGAAUCGCCGCUCGACUACUUUGGCUCGCCGCCCACCCCGACCGGCGGCUUCCAACGUUCGACGGGGCGACUCUCGGUCUCGUCGCCCGCAAGCACCGGCGGCGGCGUAAGCGCCCCCGCGUCGGGCACCCCGUGCGCGUCGUAUUCGUCGCUCUCUAUCAAGAAGCACGAUCUCAUGCGUGGCGGGCUGGGGGCCACGCCGACACCGACGACCUCGAGCCUGAGUCGCUCUAUGGAGGAUCUCCUCAUCGAUCCGAUCUCCCUGGAGCUCAUGAAGAAGCCAGUGAUGCUGCCCUGCGGACACAGCUUCAGUCGACGCACCAUUACAAAGUGGCUGCAGCAGCAGAACAAGUGUCCAUCGUGUAACACAACGGCAACGGUCGAGGACAUGCAACCCAAUUACGCGCUGCGGGCAGUGGUGCGGCAGUACAAGAAGAAGGAGGCCAAGCGGGAGGCCAAGUCGAGUAGUUCCACCUCCUCCACAUCGAUCAUCACCUCCGAGAGCGGCAGCAGCAUUAAGAAGCUGUCGAUACCGUCGUCGGGCAAGAAGUCGAUGAAAAAGGAGAAAAAGAAGAAGUCGUCGUCGUCGAAGAAGUCGUCGAAGAAGGCCAACAAGAAGGGCGACCACGACCACCGACGAGACUACUCCAGCGGUACCGGCAGCGGUGGCGGCACCGGCGAAGAGCACCUGUCGCCGUUCGCCUUCUUCAACGCGUGGGUCAACGGCAAGGACAAGAAGGCCAAGGAGGAACGACAGGCCCGACAGCGCGGCGACGAUGACGGUCAGAGCGAUGACGAUGACGAUGACGACGACCUCAAGUCCAGCCCCGAACACGGUGGCCGAACCGAGACCAGCGACGCCAACGUCGAGGCGCCGGCGAUGAUGGACGACGCUUGUCGGCAGCGGUCAGCUACGGUGCUCAGUUUCGACCCGCAGGCCGCGCAGCUUACGCCGGAGCAGCUGGGCGGCGCGGGCGGGAUCGUGCUCAGCGGGUCGUGGUACGACGGGUUCAUGGACACGAUCCCGGCCGAGCCGGGCGCGUACCAGGGAUUCCUCGGCGACAGCGGCGCGUCGAACUUCUCGGCCUCGUCGCUGGCCUCGUCGGCGGCCACGAUCAUCACGAGCGCGAGCUACUUCAACGAUGGCGCCAACGAUGGCGGCGAUGGCGGUCUCAUCAUGGGCGACGGCGCGAUGGUGGGUGGCCACGAGUCGGUGUCGAUGGGCGGCCUGAUCGGGGACGACGGCGGUGACCCUAUGGGCAGCGUCGGCUUCACGUCUUCGCUCUUCUCCUUCGAUGAGCCAUCCCCCGGCAAGGGCACAUCGAAGCAAGAGAACGAAGGCGAAGGCGAAAAUGAAGACGAAGAGGAGGAGGGGGAGGGGGAGGAGGACGAAGAGGAAAGCGAGAGCGGGAGCAGCGACGACGAUGUCGUCGAUGGACACGCCGGCAGCUGGCCCAACAAGAGCGAGACGAUCGUGAUCGACGGGCGCGGCGAUGAUGAUGACAACUCGGAGAGCGAGCAGGACCCGGCCACCAGCAAGCAGGAGAAGGCGGCCAAGAUGCACGGCCUGAUCGAGCGCUUCAAAGCCCUCUCCUCGAGCAGAGAGAAGGCGGGCGGCGCCCGAGGGUCCGACAGCAGCGACAAUGACGGCAGCGCCGACGGCGAUAACAAGCGCAAGACCGACAGUCGCGACAGAGACGCGCUCAACAAGGCCAAGCAGGCUGCGCAUGAAGACAACACCAACAACAGCGCAGACAAUGAGGAAGAGGAAGAGGUUGAUGACGACGCAGAGGAGACGGAAGACGAAGCCGAUGAUGGUGGCGACGAUGACGACGGCGAGGCGGACGGUGUGAGUAGUAGUAGCAGCAGUAGCAUGACGAGCAGCAGUAGCAGCAUGACGAACAGUGGCGGCGCGACCAGCAGCGUGAGCGACGAGAGCGAGCAGAGCGAAGCGGACCGACGACGGAGCGCGGAGGCGAAGAGAAAGCCCCGGAAAAAGAAGAAAGCGACGGCGACGGCGACAACGAAGACGCAGGAGGCGGAGCAGAAGAAGCUGCGUCGGCGGACGACCGACGAGGAGAGCGAGCGAAAGCUGCGGCUCGCGCUCGACGUCGAGGUGCCGCACCUGCGGUAUGACAUGCAGCACAAGGGCAUCCACGUCAUCGUCUCCUCAGCGCCCAACGCCUCGCUACGUGCGUCGUCGCUGGUAGCGGCCGUCGGCUCGCCCUCGCAGGAGAAGAGCGGCGGCGGCGGCAGUCUUCACCACCAUCACCAUCAUGUACAUAACACGGGCAGCGGGUCCGACGCGAGCCAGGCCCUUGGCGGUGAGCGCGCGCAGAUCGCUGUCAUCGCUGCCAUCGACCGAAGUUCCUCUAUGAAAGGUGCGCCAGAGCGCUUGUGCUCAGCACACACUCGACCGCACACGCACACACACACACACACACGCGUACAUGGUCACUGA